AUGGUCUACUCAAAAUGGCUAAAGUUGAACAUUCUUCUGUUUACGUUAUUGCUCUGGUAAGUUACUCGGCUUUAUAAUAGCAAGAACUUUCUUUACAGUUGCAAAAACUUUCUUUACAGCACUGCCAAUAUUUUUUAUAGAUUUAAAAUUGUCAAAACUUUGUUUACAUGGCUAAUUUUUAAUAAAAAUUUCAUUUUUAACGGUUUUUACUAUUGUAAAUGAAGUUUUGUCACUUUUUAAAAUGGAAGUUGAGUGGAAGAUUUGUAAUGUAUUUUGCACUGAAAAUCUUCCACAUAACUUCCAUUUUCAAAAAAUCUUAAAAUGGCUUAAAAACACGUUUUAAACACUUUUUAGAGAUGGAAGUUGAGUGGAAGAUUUGUAAUGUAUUUUGCACUGAAAACCUUCCACUCAAUUUCCACUUUGAAACCUUUUUAAAAAAGGCUUUAAUUGUCUAUCUUUAGCUUUGAAAACCAUGUUGAAAGUUCAAAACUGGUUCAGUAUGAUGAUCAAUAUGACAAUGAGCAGCACGUUGAUGAUACUGAGUACCAGACUGUCAUUACAAGUGUAACGGAAGAUCAGGAAAAACCUACGGUACUAGACCCUAAGGUAUCAAACCCUACGGUACCAGACCCUAUUACCACUGCGACUAUUGAGCCAACCACUGCGUCUGAUACUACUACGGAGGUGACGGAGACUACUAGUACUACUACGACUACUGAGACUACCACUACUGAAACGACUACUACGACCACGGAAACAACUACUACUACAACGACUAGUACCACUACAACCACUGAAACUACUACAACUGAAACAACUACUACACCAAGUACUACUACGUCUACUUCGACUAGUACUACUACCGAGAGUCCGACAACUACUAGUACAACUUUGGAGACUACUACGACUAGAGGUACUACACCUUCCGGGGCUACUGAAACUAGUACUACCUCAAAGGUUACUACUACUGGUACAGGAAAGACUACUACGACUAAAGAGAGUAACGCAACUAGUACUGAGGCAGUUACCACUACGGAAUCUACUACUACAACUAGUACCACGACUACAACAAGUACUACGACCACCACAACUACUACUAGUACUAGUACGACAAAAAGUCCCGAGGAAAGUACCACUGGUUCUGAUGUUACUGAAGCACCAGAUGUACCAUCUAACAAAACCGAUGAUGGAGUACCAGACCUCCCGGAACCAGAAAGGUUGAGCGACGAAAAGGCUGGUAAGGCUUUAAAGUUUUUAAAUUUUGGUUCGAAUUAUGAUAGGGAUUAUAUGAGAGUACUGUAGCAUAUUUUCGAGUUUAGGUACAUGUUUUAGGCUUAGGUACGUAAUUAUAGGCUGAAGUAUCAAAUUUUAGACUUAAGUACACAUUUUAGGUUUGUGCUUACGUAACAGUAGGCUUAGGUACACAAUUUUAUGCUUAGGUGCACAAUUUUAGGCUUAACUACACAUUUUAAGCUUAAGUACAACCUUUUUGCUUAGGUGCACAUUUUAGGCUUAAGAACAACAUUUUAGACUUAUAUUUUCAGGCCCUAGUACAGAUUUUAGGUUUAGGUACACAAUUCAGGCUUAAGUAAAUAUUUUUAGGCUUAAAUUUACAUUUUAGGCUUAGGUAACAACUGUAAACUUAAGUACACAUUUUAGGCUUAAGCGCAGAAUUUUGGGCUUAAAGCUUGAUGUUAGGCUUACAUAGGGCAAGGUAGAGUAGAAGUGUAGAAUAAAGCAAGAUAGGGUAGAGUAGAGCAGGGUAUGGCAAGGUUAGGGUAAGAAGGAUAGAAAAAAACCUCCGUACUAAAAAUGUAGCCAAAAUCCUGCAGUAAUUUGUUGAUAUUUACCAGCACUCGCAGUAAUUUGUUGGGUCGUUUUACAUCGAGGCAAAUAUGACAUAAAAUCAUAAAAUUACGUAAGAAAAAGUUGCGCAAGAUCAUUUCUGACAAUUUCUCUAAAGCUAUCUUGUUACAGUAAUAGUUAGGUAAUGUCGCACAAAGAACUCUGGGCUAGGGCUCUGGGCUAGGGCUCUGGGCUAGGGCUCUGGGCUAAGGCUAGAGACAAAAUUUAAUUUGCAAAAACUUUGUUUACAUACUAUUUGUAGAACGGUCGGUAAAGUCGUUGUGGAUAACGUUUGCGGUUGCUUUGAUUGUAAACCUGACUAGUCUGAUCGUGUACUUGGCUGUUUCUUAUGGUUUUGUCUGUGUCAAUGAGGAAGAUCCGUUGGCGUCGUUGGAUGUUUCUGUGGAGUUUGAUUGUAAGUUAUAUUACAGUAUCUUUUCACUUAGCUAGAGGUCUUUUACUGUACUUUCGAGGUUUUAUUACUGUAAUUUUUUUUAUUUUUUGGUUACUGUAACUUUUGAAUUACUUUUUCAGAUACAGUAACUUUCGUGUGUUUUUAUUCAUAUUGUUACUGUACCUCAUAUCCUAACACUAUUGUACCUUUUCAGAAGUGGUCGUCGGCGUAGUUGGUCCAGUCUCUAGUCCAGUUCAGUAG